AUGUCUGCAAGUGUGGAAUUGGGUGGAAAAUCAAUUCAACGUGGUCGGGCAUUCUUAAUAGAAGAGGAUAAAAAUCUAUGUAAUGCAUGGCUUGAAAUUUCUCAAGAUCCUGUAAGGGGUACUAAUCAAAAGAAAGAGAAGUUAUGGGAGCGUAUUAGUGCCAAGUAUCAUGAGCUCUUGCCAAGCUACAACAGUGGCUCUCGAACAACAAAAUCCCUCCAAUGUCGCAUGGCUUUAAUAAUGAAGGCCAUUAACAAGUUCCGGGGAUGUGUUCGAUCAGUUGAACGCCUUAAUCCCAGUGGUGCUUCUGAGAUAGAUUAUAUGGAUCAGGCCAAAAUCCUAUUUGCACAAGACCCUGAAGAGAGGAAAGGAUUCCAAUAUGAUCAUGUAUGGCCCAUUCUUAAGGAGGCUGAGAAAUGGCUUGACAAUACCCCCAAAGAAAAUCCCAAACAAGGGUAUGAUUGCUUUGAAGGAUUUCAAAAUGGAUCCCCUGUAUCUGCAUCCUUAGUAGCACCAUCAUCCAUUGAUUUGGAUGCAAAUGAAGAGACUGUAGCAGAGGUGGAUCAUCACGUCGAUUCAUCGGGUCGUCCUAUAGGGAGGAAGAAAGAGAAGUUAAGAAGGAUGCAAAUAGCUGAUAAGAGUCAUCUCCUUGAAUCCAUUGUUGAAGGAAACCAAGAAAUCAUGAUAAAUUUGAAAAGAGGGCAAAAGCAAAGAGAAGAACGAUUUGCUAAAAUGGAAAAUGAUUCUGCAGCGCGUGUCCAACUCAUGAUGUUACAAGCUGAAAAUGAAAGUAAAAAAUUAAAACUUCAACGUGAACAUCAAGAGAAAGAAAUCAUGAAGAUGGACUUGAAAAGCAUUGCAGACCCAAUUGAUCGUGAGUAUUUUCGAAGGAAAAAAUUAGAAAUUUUAGAACAAAAUGAUCAAGUAGCCAACAACUCUGUUUCUUUUAGCCAUGGUGAUUUUAGUAGCUUUAGGCAAUAUGAAGGUGGUGAUGUCUUACCAGAUUACUAGUGCUAGGACAUAUUUUAUAAAUAUAACUAUCAUGUUGGGAAAAGACAAAACAUCCCAUUGCUAAAUUAAUAAACUGUUA